AUGUUUUGGGUUUCGCUUCUCGCCCUUGGCGCUACCGUCCAGGCAGUGCCGCAGCGUGGUGGCGCGGGUGGCCUGUCCAUGUUGAGAUUCGGCUGUGCCCAGUCCGUCAUCGACCGAAUCGACCCGCUCGUCGAUCCAGGCAAGAUCCCGUCCCCGCAUGUGCACCAGGUCGUUGGAGGAAAUGCCUUCAACGCAAGCAUGGCAUCGACCGACGUUUCGAACCUGGCUAGCUGCACUACAUGCACCUUUGCCGAGGACUUCUCCAACUACUGGACGGCCGCAGUCUACUUCAGAGCUCGCAACGGCAGCUACAAGCGCGUGCCACAGAUGCCCAACCAGCAGAUAGGCAACGCAGACGGUGGUGUAACCGUUUAUUACACUGCAACUGAGAAGGUCACUGCGUUCAAGCCCGGUUUCCGCAUGUUCAGCGGCGAUGCCAUGAGGCAGAAGUCGGCUGGUCUCGGGAGGAACAUGCAGAGUUGCUACCGCUGCUUCCCGGGUCCCAACUUCCAGGCCAACACCCAGUCGCCUUGCAUGGACCCCAAGAUCGAUAGCGAGGAUUUUCCCAAGACUCCCUGCCCGGGCGGGAUCCGAUCUAGUGUCAUCUUCCCAAUCUGCUGGGAUGGUAAGAACCUGGAUAGCCCCAACCACAUCGACCACGUUUCUCCGCCCGUGGGCGGUCCGGCAUCCUUCGCAGUGGUCAACGGCAAAUGCCCAGCAUCGCACCCGGUCAAGAUCCCACAGGUUCACUACGAGAUCGUUUGGGACACCAGGAUGUUCGCCAACAAGGCUGACUGGCCCGAGGAUGGAUCUCAGCCACUUGUUCUUAGCAACGGGGAUACGACCGGCUACUCGCAACACGGUGACUACGUCUUCGGCUGGAAAGGCGACAGUCUCCAGAAGGCUAUGGAUGGGAAAUGCUUCGGACCCAGCUGCAACGGUCUCAAGACUCAGGCAUUCCCUGCCGCAAACAAGUGCACCCUCAAGUCCCAAGUCAGCGAGAACAUGGACGGAUGGCUCGAUAAGCUCCCGGGACAGGGCAUGUCUAUGUCGGGUAUGGUCUUCUAA